UCCCAGUAGUAGCAGCGGCAGCAGCUCGAUCAGUCAGUGGUGUAAGGAUCGGCAUAGCCAGACGUAGUGCCGCGCGCGCUGCUGCAGUCGUCGUGCGCGCGCGCGUGUGUGUGUGUGUGUGGGUGCUGUGCAGGUGCAGCCGUUCAGGCUCGCGCAGGGGGCAUCGCGCAUCGACUCUGUGCGCGCAUAUAGGUGUGUGAGUCCGUCUCUCCUAGUUCCUGCGCGUAUGUGUGUGCGCGAGUGAGCCGAGAGAGAGAGAGAGAGAGAGAGAGGUGAGGAGGUGGUAGGACAUUCCCACCUCGGGGGUUCGCGCUGGAAAAUGUCGAUGCGCCGGCGGCGGCCGCUGCUGCUUUCGGGGGCCGACUCGCCGCGCCGUGGGGGCGAUGAGCGCACUUCCCUUCGCCCUGAGACAGCCGCCGCCGUUCAGACUAAUUUCGUCCCUGCUGAUCCUCGCCUCCUGCUGCUGCCUCCUCGUCUGCGCAGAGGCCAGCGGCUCGAUCACAGCAGCAGCAGCAGCGAAGCAGGAGAGGAGUAAGCGAUCGCUGCAGCUCGGGGAUGACGGCCGUCCCGACGUGCGGCGUUCGGCCAACGUCGAGCUCGACGUCUACGACGAGCUGCCCGACGACGAGUCCGAGGAGGACUACCAGGAGCUCAACGUCACCGCAGAGAAGUCCAAGUAUCUGGGCUCGCCGUGCGACAGCAUGUGCAACCCGACGCUCCAGCACGUGUUCUGCGACCCCGAGACCAAGUUCUGCGAGUGCGAGAAGCUGUAUCCUGUCCAGCUCGGUCCUACCAAGGGAUGUGCCAAACCGAAGAAGCUCGGCGAGCAGUGCCUCUACCGGGCGACCUGCACCUACACGGACCAGCACGCGACCUGCACCCAGGUCCAGCACAACGCGGUCUGCGAGUGCGAGAUCGGCUUCCACCGCGUCGCUCUGUCCAGGCCGAACAAGAAGCUCUUCUGUGCUGCUGACCUGGUGCUGAUAGCGACGGACCUGCCGACUCUGCUCGGCGUCGCCUCGGGCAUAGCGGUGAUCACGGGCCUGAUAUGCUUCGUCUUGAAACUCUUCAGCCGAGCUCGCUACACGAGGCCGCGACACUACGCCAACGCGGGACACGCGCCUCCGAUGCUCUUCACCAGUGACACAGGUAUCCCCCUGACUCUGCACGGGGGCAGACCCUCGUCGCGCUCCUCGCAGCGCAGCAGCGGCGGUACCAUCAACUGCGUCCUGACCCGUAAGCAGAGCGGCACCAACAACAACAACAACAACAACAACGACGGCACGUCCGGGCGUGGGCCUCUGGUACCGGCCUCGCGAGCAGGUGCGGCCCGAGCCGCCGCCAUCUUGCUGAUCUCGUGCCACCGGCAGGCCACCAACGGAGCUGGCUCAUCAACUGUCCCAUCAGUCAGCAAGCACCGGCGCGCCCUCAGCGACGUGGCUGAGGGAUCGUCAGACGGCCUCGGCUCUCGUCGCCCGAGUCUGGCGUCGAUCCACAGCUCGACCUCGUCGGCCAAGAGCUACAGCGCCCGGAGACUCGAGCGCGAGCGUAACGAGAAGGAACAGCGUCAAGCUCUGGCCGAGCUGAAGCUCAAGCGCGAACAGCAGCAGCAGCAGCAACAGCAGCAGCAACAGCAGCAGCAGCAGCAACAGCAGGUCGCACCUACGCCCAGUCCUAGGACGCCGCACUCCACCGACGAACUGCUGCCGGCCGUCGAAGAGGGCGCCGAGAUUUUCUAUAACGAGCAAAUACCAACGACAUCCGGUAUGGCGAUGACGAGCAGCGGGAAGAAGACCAAAACUACAACGACGACCAGCUCCUACGCGGCUAAUAACGAAGCGGCCACUCCGCUCUUCGAGAGCGACGCAAAACCCUGCACGUCCGCCGACAGUUAUCGCUCGUAAUCCCACAAGCGUAAGCGUACGCACGGACGGAGAUUUUGUUUUUUGAAGAAGAAACGGCUGAGGACACCCGUCGUGCAUAUAUGUAUAACACGCAUGUAAUGUAUACCAUCACGUUCAUCCAGAAGAUAGACAGAGAGAGGGAAAAGAGAUGGGAGGAAACAAAUAACGAACCGCGCGUCCCGAUUUAUAUACAUAAUAUACAAUUAAAUAGCUAUAUACACCGCGAUUGAUCGAUAUACGUUGUUGCCGCUCGCAUAAGCAUCAGGGGGUUCGCCGAAGCAUAUACAUCGUAGCAUUCACGCACACGCAGCAUAAAACGUGUAAAUUUUGCGGAGGAGUUUUCGACGGGCGAGCGAGACGCGUCUGUGAACUAAAUAAUAAUCGCGUAAUCGAGUGAGCGAUGAUAAUGGCGCUGAAAUUAUGGGUGAGCAUGUCUGCGGAAGGUCGGAAAAUUUAACUUUUAGGAGGACACAUUCGUUACAUUAAACGCCAGCCGGAAUUGCGCUUUUUACUGAAAAGUGACUUCACUCGUCGAUCGGUUAUCGAUUGCGUUGACCUUUUAUUUAGGCCUGUGCGAUUCAUUGGAAAAUAAAUAAAACAUUUAACGAACAAGCUUUAUUACAAGUAUCCGACCUCCCGUAGAAUCGCUAAUACAUACGCGCGCUACUGCGCUCCGGCAUACGGCAAUGGCUUUUACGUACGUACAAUGUAUACAUAGGUCUAUAUAUAUGUACGGAAAUCGAUGAUGCACGCAUACCUAUAUUGGGUCAUCGUAAUUUUGCAUAGUUUCAGUUCAGCGACGAUGGGCGCCUGCUGUGUAGUUCACGUGACUAAUCGGUUUUUUUUAUACUACUGUUUUAAUAUGUAUGCAAUAUACGGACGAUCGAUUGUUUGACCGCUAUCCCACCACAUCACAUGUUUAUGCCGUUUUUAUUAUUACUAUUAUGCGUUUCGUACAGUGUGUGAUAAUAUACCUAUAUACUUUUACGUUUUUCCUAUACCACGUACGAUCGCUUCGAUGACAUUACCAUACGGGGCAGCCGAGUAUAAGUGUAUUGGUUUUAUUUCGACGAUAUAAGAUACUUAUACAUAUACGCACACUAUACGCGACGCGCCUAACGAGAGUCGAGGGUCUGCAAGUGCGAAACGAUGCUUAUUCGUUGUCAAUAUUCACGUGGUGUGCGCGCAUUCGAGAAAACUGCAGAAAUCGCAAGACGUUGGUAACGAUCGAAACGUUUCUUUCGCCAAAGUGUGCCUAUAAGCGAAGAAUAUUCUUUGGAUUCGAGAAUUUUUCCGAUGUACCUAUCCUCCUUGACAAAAUUUGCAUGUACAAUUUUAACACUGUCGAACUUUCUAAAACGCUUAUAUGAGUUGUACAAAAUUUCACAAAACUAUAUACGUUGACAUAUCGACGAGAUUCCAGCUGAUUUCGCACUUGCAGAUCGAGAACUGAUAUAGGGAGAAAAGAAAACAUGCGGUUUUAAUCGUAUAAUACAUUGAAAAAUAAAAAAAAAAAAAUAAAAAAAUAGAGACCGAAUUCCCAUCAUGUAAAAUAUCGAUGAUCGACGAUAUUGUUCGAAUAUAUAACGUACGCUGCCUUUUUCAAACGAGAGAAAAACUCUGUAGCGUUUGUUUACUAUUGACGAUAUUUUGGCACACGAGUUUGAUUAACGACAGCAUCGAUAUAGGCAUAUAACAUGAGUAUUAUUUCUAUAACACGAUUAUAGGCUUAUCAGACGACGUUGUAUUCUUGUAUCUCGAAGAACCGUCUACGUCAUGUUAUAUUAUAGCGAGAGAAAUGAAAAUUGUUCAGUUUAUUAUUAUAUAAUAUAUGAAUAUAACGUAUAAGCAAAGAAAAUCAUAACGAAAAUAAUCGGUAAAAAAAUUGUUAUCAGCGGGCAUUCAAUUGUUUGAUUGCAAAAUUGUCGAGUAUAGCGAAAGUUCUGUAAUUUAUAAAGUAUGAGCAAAAAUGAAGAAGAAAAAGAGAGGCGAAGUAGAGAAAGAGAGGGAGAGAGAGCAACAAUUCUCGGCGAACGACCGAACGAUCGAACGACGUGAGAAAAUAAUUGAUGUGCAUGAUGUUUAUAAAAGUCGAUGUAAACAGCGUUAUCGUUUUAGCCCAUUUUGAAUGUUUACUGUACGAUACAUUGUAAUAUAGACGUUGGGCAAAUAAAGCUCAUUUUUCCUACGUGA